AUGCGCUCUGCGUGCCGAUACGAAGGCGUGGAGGCGACAGGCAGCAGCAGCAGCAGGGCGAGCUGCUCCAUGCCGCUCCAGACCGCGGGCUCGGGAUAUGGAACGCGACUGGGGGGGAGUCGAGCGAGGCUGUUGUACCUCAAGUUUAGUGUCUUCGUGUCCGUGGGAAUCCCAGGUGGAACGGAAUUCAAGUCCUUGCUUUGGCGGACGGGGAUUGCCGUGCACGGUUGGCUACGUACGGUGCGAAAGAAGUUCAACACACGUGACAUCAUCGUCGUCGUAGUGUUCAUCUGCACGCACCCCAAAAGAGUGCGCGGUGCGUGUCCCAGCAGCCGCCAGAGACGGCUCGAGAGCCGGGGACGACUCGAGGACCAGGGGCGGCUCGAGAGCCAGGGACGACUCGAGGACCAGGGGCGGCUCGAGAGCCGGGGGCGACUCGAAGGCCAGGGACGACUCGAGGACCAGGGGCGACUCGAGGACCAGGGACGACUCGAGAGCCAGGGGCGGCUCGAGAGCCAGGGACGACUCGAGAGCCGGGGGCGACUCGAAGGCCAGGGACGACUCGAGAGCCGGGGGCGGCUCGAGGGCCGGGGGCGACUCGAGAGCCAGGGGCGGCUCGAGAGCAAGGGGCGCCUCGAGAGCCAGGGGCGGUUCGAGAGCCAGGGGCCACUCGAGAGCCAGGGGCCACUCGAGAGCCAGGGGCGGCUCGCGAGAGAAUUCGCUCAGUUUCACCUUUCGCGAAUUCGCCUCGACCCACUGGCUGAGAUCGAGGAUGUCACACGCGCCGCAGUCCCACGGGGGUUUCCGUGCAGAAAUAUCAACCGCGGCCUUUGUGAGUAAGAAUACUGCAGCACAGUUGCUUGUCGUAUUUACUGUACCCGAGAAAAUGCAAAAUAAACUGCGUGCUUUAGGGGGACAAUCAGUGCGACUCGCUUGUGCCAUGACGAGAGAUGAUUUACAGACGAGGUGCGCAUGCACAAUGUCAAUAACAACCCCUAUCGCUCAUUCCUUCUCGUCAUAAUGCCCAUAAUGGCAAUGUAAUUAACCAUAUGAACCAAUUAAGGAUUAACUAGAAUGAAAAUGGCGUUAAAACAUCUUUAGAACUCACGCGAUACACCUCACUAGAAUCAAGGAAAGAAGCCCAACCACGAAAGACAUUCGUCGUAUGAGCCGAAACUACCCUGCCAAUCACGACCCAUCAACCUAUUAUUAAACCGGUUUAUUAUUAAACCGGUUCGUAAACCGGUUGAGCUGCACGGCUGUCCUGGUGACGUCAUGGCACCGAACCAAGGAAGCUCUUGCACGCUCUUGCUCUCACGCCUGAUGAUGCUGGAUGUAAUCUCCAACGAAACGUCAGACAAAAAUUGACAACAUUUCGCUUGAAUUUCAACAUUCCUCCAGGUUUUCUGACAACAUUUGAAGAUUUGCCCCCACGUCAGAACUUUAUUUGACUGGCUCUGUGGUGGAGAGUUCUCAUUACAAACAUGACAAUUACAUCCUACACGCUAAAAGCCAACAAACUCACAAUGAAUCAUGAUCUAUUGGUCGUGAAGGUCUACGUACCACAUUACAAAGUUCGGACAU